CCGGUCCCGGAAGCACGCGGCGGCGGGAUGGCGGCGGUGCCCCCCGACUCGUGGCAACCGCCGGCUGUCUCCUUGGAGACCACCAUGGGCUCGCUGGUGCUGGAGCUGUACUGGAAGCACGCGCCCAAGACCUGCAAGAACUUCGCGGAGCUGGCGCGCCGGGGCUACUACAACGGCACCAAGUUCCACCGCAUCAUCAAGGACUUCAUGAUCCAGGGCGGCGACCCCACGGGCACGGGUAGAGGGGGUGCCUCCAUCUAUGGGAAACAGUUUGAAGAUGAACUCCAUCCAGAACUGAAAUUUACAGGUGCAGGGAUUCUUGCCAUGGCUAAUGCUGGCCCAGAUACAAACGGCAGUCAGUUCUUUAUCACCUUGGCACCAACUCAGUGGCUUGAUGGGAAACACACCAUCUUCGGCCGCGUUUGCCAAGGUAUCGGGAUAGUGAACAGAGUUGGCAUGGUAGAGACGAAUGCUCAGGAUCGACCUGUAGAUGACGUGAAGAUUUUGAAGGCUUACCCAUCCGGUUAGACCUGCUGCAAGCAGGGUGCAGUUACCUUGUUGGCAGUCCUGUAUCAUUGCAAAACAAAGCCGUUCAAAGGGGUGCUAGCCAGGUAGCUUGGGCCCAGAAUUUACCUUCAGGAUUUGAAGCAUGACUCCUUUUUUAAGGAUUGAAGGGGGGGGGGGGAAUAUCUACAAUUCAUCUUAACCCAAUUAAUUUAGGCUGUGGGUAUUUAUGGGGCAAGUGGGUAAAAUGUUCCUUGUCAAACUUUGUCCUAAAACUUACACCUGCUAAAUCAUGUUUGCACAUGAUGUAGUACGAUGUACAACUACAUUUCUGCCCUGCCUCCCUUCUAACAUGAAGGCAAUCUUUAAUUACACAAGAACCAGGUACAACAGAAGGUUAAGGCACUACUGCAAAUCCACUCUGUUUAGGAUAACUUUUUGGGGUCUCCACCGAAAUGUAGCAUCAACAGUAUUGAAGUAUCCCAUGCCUGGAAGGGUGAGGUAGUUGGACUUCUUAGGACUGGGGAGACUAGUCAGCCUGCACCUUAUUCAUUAACAGACUCUAUGUUAAAUUUGGGGCCUAACUUGACAGCCCUUCUCCCCCUCCCUCCCUUCACAAGCUCUUACAGCUGUAAAAAUAGUGAUUCUGCCUUGUUUUCUCACACAGCAAGCAAAAAUUCAUGGUAGUCUUUAACAUUGUGCUCAUACUGGGUAAGGGGAGUUCUGGCAGAGGGACUUACUUUUCCAGUACCCAAAACCUUAUGACACCAGGUGGGGGGGAUAUCUUAAACUUCAUUCAGCUUUUGAAAUAAUCCUUAUGGAAAAUCGAGAGAUCCCAAGUAAAAGAGGAAUCUUUCUGAAAAAACUUUAGGAUCAGAAUCCUAAUCUAAUCCCCACUUCAAAUUCUCUUUGUUAGCAAAAGACUUUAGACAGGUGUGUUUGUGUAACAGGCUAGCAUUCUUUUUGUAAUAUGUGUCACCUUUUUAAAAAAAAAUAAAGAACAAGAAAUGCA